AUGGGCGAAAUCUCUGUCCCCCCUUCCGCAUCUGAUGCAAUGGACAACCGCCCUGUCCCCCCUCUUGGUCUCCCCGAGCUCAUGUUACAAAAGAUGGGGUACUAUCAGCAUCUGGUCUACGUCACAAUUGGUCUUCUCGCAUCUCCCCUCGUGGUGUUGUACCCUAUCUGCCGUCAAUACUGUGAUGCAGAUUCAUGUCGCUAUUAUCGUUCCAUCACUUUUUAUAUUCUCGUAUUUUUCUUCUUGUUUAUUAUUUGGCGGGCGAUGAAUCGGAAGGAGAAGGAGGACUCCGACGCGAUGUCUAUGAUAGGGACACGGCACAAACGAGAGGAGCGAGCAGAGAAAGUUUAG